AUGGCCAACUCGCAGCAAAUUUUUGAUUACAAAGAUGAGUCUCAAACAGAGAGGUUAGCCAGAAAAUCGAAAGACUCGCCUUUUAUGAUAAUAGGCAUUAUGGGCUUGAUUGGAGUUUGUGGAUAUGGAGCAUACCAAUAUAAGAAUAAAGGAAAAAUGAGCACAAGUGUGUUCCUCAUGCAACUUAGGGUGGCAGCACAGGGCACUGUUGUUACAGCAUUGACAAUAGGCUUAGCCUAUAAUUUAGCAAAGAAACAUUUAUUUAAGGAUGGAAAAGAU